UGCAACCGGAGCAGCGUAGCACUGACAGGCCCACACCCACACGAGUUGUUGCUGUGGUUUCUGUAUCACUCUCGUGUUGUCUAGAACUUUCCUGCUACUACAGGACUACUCCUCCACAUCUCUUUCAAACACAUGGCUGCCGAACGCAGUUUUCCCGAUAGCUUCAUUGACGAGGACCCUCAGAAAGCUCUGGAGGAGUUGAAUGAGGCCUUGGAAGCUAGCUCCGACAAUGCACAGUGGUUGUGCCAGCGUGCCUAUGCCCACAUACUCGUCAAAAACUACAGCCUUGCCAUUGACGAUGCCAAGCGAGCCAGUCACCUGAAACCCAACCUUCCGUUGGCCUUCCUGCGGAGAGGAAUAGCAGAGUACCACCUGACCCAGUAUGAGUCAUCACAUGCAGCCUUCACUCAGGGCCUUCAGCUGGACAGUUCUGACAAAUCCUUUCAGAUAUGGAUCCAGCGCAGCGAAGAGAUGAUUGGCAAGCAACAGAGUCAGAAGGACAGCUCGGACAGGACUGACCAACAGACAACUACGCCUCCUCCUGUCAAAUACGACUGGUACCAGACAGAGUCUCAAGUCAUUGUGACGAUCAUGGCCAAAAACGUCCCCAAGGAUGGAGUGUCCGUGAACUUUGCAGAGAGAGGGCUCUCGGCGACGGUGCCUUUGACCUCAGGGGACAAUUUCAGCCUCGACCUCCACCUCCUCCACCCCAUCGUCUCCCAGCAGAGCACCUUCAAGGUCCUUACAACCAAGGUGGAGAUCAAGAUGAAGAAGAUGGAAGCCAUCAGGUGGGAGAAGCUGGAAGGAGAAGGACAGGAGCCCACCAUUAAGCACUUCAACCCCAACGAGAUCCCGUCGUCCUCCCAGAGUGUUGGCAAGUGGGACAAGAUGGUGGUGGACAUCAGCGAGGAGGAGAAGCAGGAGAAGCUGGAGGGGGACGCUGCACUCAACAAGCUCUUCCAGCAGAUCUACUCGGACGGCUCGGAUGAGGUCAAGCGCGCCAUGAACAAGUCCUUCAUGGAGUCAGGUGGUACGGUCCUGAGCACCAACUGGACGGAUGUGGGCAAGAGAAAUGUGGAUAUAAGUCCGCCCGACGAUGCAGAGUUCAAGAAGUACUGAGCAGCCCUCCAGGCCCCUCGCUCUCUCGCUCUCUCCUUUUCCCUCUUUCUCUCUAUUGCUCCUGCUCUUUCUUUCUCUCUCUCGCUGUCCUUCCUAUCCUUUCUUUCUGUUCCCCCUCCUCCUCUCUCUCCUUUAUCCUCCACCACCUCUCCUUAGUGGAGGUCACUGCUCCUGAAUGCCCGCCAUGUUGUACUCGGGGGGGAGGGGGGCCCCCCCCUCUCUGCCGUCUGUCCCCGAGGGCCGUCGGGCCAGUGUGUCUGGCCGUCGCCACAGCCGAGCGGACCCCGGGCAGGAACCACGGAGCCACAUAAAGUCAGAUGCUCCUCGCCGCGCUCCGGGAAGCAGCCAUGGAACGCCGGGCCGUGGGGGGGGGUGUCACAGGGGGGCGGGGGGUGGAGACCUGGAGACCUUUUUGUGUACGUUCUGGUGAAUCAUCAUAUCUGAUUUGUAGGAGAAAUGAAAAUUGUAUUGUGGGCUCUAGUGAAGAAACGGCAGCGGAACAGUAAAGUGUUUAUUUUUGGACUCCUUUUGUUUGAUCGCCUACCAAGCCUUUCCUACUGGGACCUGGGGAGGGGGCUGCCAUUGAACCCCCUGCCCUUGUGUAAAAUAAAUAGAAAGAUUUAAUGAUUCAUUGUAGACCCUACGGAUGACGUCUCAGUAUGCGUGGUUGAUUUCUCUAGUGCUGUUUCUCUACACAGUGAGAGGGGCUGGGGUCCUGAUAGGAUUAUAACCAAACUAUUGGAGCUUGGUUAGAACCGUGGAGUCUCCCAAGCCAUGCCAACCAUUAGGGCGAUGGCUUCAAGCCAUGCCAACCAAUGGGGCGAUGGCUUCAAGCCAUGCCAUCCAAUGAGGGCAAUGGUUUCAAGCCAUGCCAACCAAUCGGGCGAUGGCUUCAAGCCAGGCCAACCAAUGGGGUGCCAUGGCCCUGUCCUUCUCUAGCGUGAUUCUACUAACCCUGGGUGUAAAUAUUAAUAAGAAUAAAAAGCAAAAGGACAUACC